UUCAAAAAAAUUGAAUAAAACUGAAGUUUUUUAAUGAUUGUGAAACUAAUUGCAAUUGCAAGGACAAGAUGAAAGGCCAACAUGUUGGCUCAUAAUGUGUUACGGUCAAUAGAGUCAAAUACAAGCAGCUGAAUAUAUAGAUAAUUUUCGCAUCGCAAAUCAUGAAUAAAAUAAUCAAUAUAAUUAAAAAGAAAAAAAAAACAAAACUAAAAAACCAAAACGAGUAAAGCUACUAUAAAAUAAUUUGAGUUCACAUUCUGAAAUAAAUACAUAUAUAUUUAUACAUAUAUAUAAGUUAUUCACAUUGUUUUAACGAUUGCACUCAAGAUGUGAUAUAAAUUUACUUCUUUUCAUCAGCGGUAAUCGCAAACCGAAUUUGAGUGGGUUAUGCGUGACGAAGUUCACGCCAUACUUAAGAAACUACGAGAGAUUCUAGUGGAGUGCGCAAGACGAUUUCCGGUACCAUGUUUUCCAGACAACGAGGGUAAACGUACUGAAAAGUUUGUGUUAAUGGCUGCACAGGAUCAGUUAAAGUGUUCCGUCACACUCACUGGCGACAGCAUAACUCAAGCUGAUAUUAGUUACAAAUUGAAACGUGCAUCCAGCCAAGUGCAACGUACGUCCAUAACACCGGAUGCGCCAUGGAAACUUCAACAGGUGCAAGAUGCUGCAAAUCAUCUACAACAAGCUAUCAAUCAUAUUGAUAAUGUUGACGGCAAUUAUGCAUUCAAAUCUCGCGAAGAAGUGCUUCAAAUAAUCGGCGAAUUGAUAGGAGCUCUGCAGCGUGGUCGAACUAGUCUAAUAAUACCAAAGAAAAAGGCAAUAGAUGAACUUAUGAAGGGGCGAAAUAUGAAAUCGCUAACACCUAACCUACCAGAAGAUCAAGCAAUAUCCUUCUUUUUACAAUGCCACAAACUUAUUGUAGCUGUUUAUCAAUUGUUAAACGUUCAGGGAACUAUGAAAAUGGAGGCCACUCAGGCUGAAUGCUCAGUCGGUUGGCUUAACGAGGUGCUUGUGUUGUUCACUGUUGGCCUAACAUUAUGCCAACAGCUCAAGGAUAAAAUUAAUGCAUUUAAAAUGGACGUAUCAAGUUAGUAAAUUACAUGCCAUCUUCAAUAUAUUUUGUUGAACGUAAGUUAAUAUUCAUAUAUAUAUAUAUAUAUAUAGAUCUAUAUAUAUAUAUAUUAUGCCAAAGCCAACAUAUACAGUGUGCGGGUUCAGACCAUUCUAGUACUAUAAAAAAAAAAUAUUAAGUACUAAAGACCUACUAUAUUUAUAAUACCCAACAUGCAAGUAAUAUAUCAUUGGUUAGUUAUCAAUACGUACAUACAUAUCGGCUAUAGAAAAAGGCAUGCUACAAAAAUGUAACUUCCAUUAGUUGUGACGAUAAACCUAAGCACUGUCACAGUCACAGUUACUACAAUGAAGAAGGUGUUACAAAAGCGGGUGGUAACCAAGCAAAUUUAUUGAUCUCAAGCAGUUAAACAUAACUUGAGCAUUAUGUUAUAAUUUUUCGAAUUUCAACAUUCGGUUUUAGUAUUUUCAUUUUGAUUUAAAUAAUAACA